UUGUUUUUGUCUGGAUACUUGGCGUUCAAAGGGUAAAGGUUAAAGUUUGUCUGUGAAAACACCGGAACACGUGUUAGUGUUAAAAUAGCCAGGCUUCGGAUAUGGCUGCCAUGUACUCUGGUAUUCACUUGAAGCUCAAAAACCCCAAGACACCCUGGGUGGACAAACUGAAGCUUGCCCGUUUUGCAUGGAUUUCAUCACAGUGCUUACUUCCUAACAAAGAACAGGUACUCUUUGAUUGGAUAAGUCAUGCAUUGACAGGCUUUUACAGUAAGAAAGUGGAGUUGCCACAGGUGGUGGUGGAAGGCUUGUGGAUCUACCUAGAUGAUAUUUUGCACAGCAAAAAGCUACAUAGUGUGUUGAGCCAAGGAAAAACCAUCAGCCUUCGUUUGGCAGUAGCACAAGUUAUAAUUGAAAGGAUUCAGGAGUUUAGCUCAGGGACCUCCUCAGCGUCUGUCUCCACCGUGUUGAGCUGCUGUCAGGGCAUCCUUUCCUCCUCAGUCCUCUCUGUCACAUUCACCACUAAGUACGAGCUACUGGUGGAGCUGUUGGCCAAGCUGUGUACCCUGGGCUGCUCCAAGCUCAGUCAGCAGCACGCCACAGACCCCCUGACACCCCAGGUGUUUGAGGUCCUCCUCCUUACCCUGAGUAGUUACCUCGCGGUCCAAAAGCAGCAGGCCAAUGCCAACCGCGUGUUUGCCCAAGUCACAACACACCUGCUCCAGCACCUCCUCCUGCUCAGACACCUAUUGACUUCCAGGGCCUGGAUGGCCGAGGAUGACUCCCGUGUCCGCCAGCACCUGAGUAGGGACAUCCGUGGGAAAGUAGACACCAUCCUGCAGUCUGCUCUCUUCCUGCCAGACCACCUCCAGGCCUAUAGGGAGGAGCUCCUCUCAAAGCAGGAGCCAGGGAUGAAGAAGGGAGCAGUGGGGAAGAGCCUACUCUCCCCAGUCAACUCGAUACUCUCAAAGAUUUGUGCACAAGGGUACUGUGACACUGAUCUCCAUUUUGCGGUCAGGUCGAGUUCCCUCCCGCUGCUCUUCAAAUUCUCUCUGGAUGCCUACUGUAAAGGAGGAGAUAAUAAAGUACUCUGCUUUCACAUGUUAACACAGUUAAUCGCUGCCUUGGAUUUCACAAAUGAGGUGACUCUCAAAGACCUGUUUGAUGGUGAAAACUGGAGCUUAGCUCUGCUGGCUUUGGAGAACCUCUUGAAUUUAUGCUUGACGGCAGACAUUUACAAUGUGGUGGCUGACAGGAUAAAGUACGAGGAGGUUCAGUUGAUUUUCUACAGGAAGGUGGUGAGGCUGUUGUUCGACAAUGCCCAGCCCAGCAUAUCAGCAUGGUACCGCUGUCUAAAAGCCCUGCUCAGUCUCAACCACCUGAUCAUAGAGCCGGACCUGGACGAGCUGCUGUCGGCAGGAUGGAUUGAUUCCGACUGCACAGAGCCACGGGUUAGGAAGGCACGCGAGGCCCUCAUCUCCUCUGUUCUCCAGAUCUAUGCCAAGCUGAGGCAGCUCCCCAAGCUCUUCGAGGAGCUCCUGGCUGUCAUCUGCCGCCCAGCAAUGGAUGAGCUCCGACAGCCCGUUCUCCCAGAGGCAGUGCAUAGGACGCUCAGCACAUGCCUUCUGGACAACCCCACCAGCCAGACUUUGGAAAUAUGCUGCCUCAUUUUAGAGAAUGUAACAAGCUAUGUACUCCCGGAUCUGGAAGGAAACGAAGACAUGUCCCUGAAGUUGUUCUCCUUGAGUGUGCUCUUGUACUCUGUGUUGUUCAGCCUGAAAACUUUGGACAACAGCACACCAGUUCCUGUUGUGAGGCAAACCCAGGCUCUAAUGGAGAAGAUGCUCCAGGUGGUGAAGCCAGUGCUGCAGCUGGCUGAAGGCCAAGCCCCAGACGUCCCUGGGUGUCAGAAAGUCCAAGAUGCAGGCCUUCUGCUAAAGUACACUUGGGUGGAGGUGGACACCCUCUUUCAGAUUCACUGUACGAAAUACACAUCUCCAGCGGACCCAGCUAGCGUUAACAUACUAGACGACAUAGGUAUUCUCCUCUCUGGUGUGACGGCGACAGGUGAAGAUCAGGCCUCUCCCAUCGGCCAGCACUGUAGCCCCAUGACUCACCUCCUGCAAAAACUGCUCACUCUCCAACAAAUGAAGAAAGUUAUCCUAAGCAAUGAGCUCUUGGCACAGACUAGAGCUUCAGAUGUCCUCCGCAGAGCAGCCCAGUACAUUGUGGGGAGAGGAGAUCCUCAACUCUGCCAGCAGAGUGACCAGCUAUGGGACCGUCAGGUCAGUAGUGUGGAUGCCAGCACGUACCCAGUGGCACAUUGGUACCUCGUUACCACAAACCUACCCAUGAUCUCGCCAUUCCUCACUGAGGACGAAGUGUGUCAUAUAGCUGAUGUUCUCCUCAGCUCCCUACUUCAGAAGACACCAGAUGACACCACUGAGAGGCUGUCUGUCUCUCUCAUUUCCAAAGAUCUGCUUGAGAGCCUUGUUCUUGUCGAGUUACCCACUAUUUACUCUGCUGUUGUCAGAUGUGUCACUCAAAGGAUUGUAGGGAUUCUCAGCGGCAUCCCAGACAUGGCCUCUGUCUGUCCUGCACUCAUGAAGUUGAGUGAAGUAAGCUGUUUGACAGCUGGAGACAAAGGAAGUGCAGUAACUCAGUCAGAUGGCGAUGUCACUGAAACCCAUUCUGCUUUGAAGAGACUGGAGUCCAUAGCCCAACACAUACUGAACUCUAGUACAACCGGAGCCUCUAUAACCCUAUCUCAAAGUCAAGCCGAUAACCUUUUAAGCUUACUUCAAGUCACCAAUGCUCUUAACCCAGAUGGAAUGUCCUCUGAAGACUUUUCAGGGCUCUUUUUACUCUUAUUCCUCAUGGUCACAGACACACAGCUACAUAAUGAUGUGAAGCCUGCCGUAACAAUACAUCUGCUGAACCAGCUCUUCAGUCUCAUGGGGUUGCUUCUGGCAGGGAAUAAUUCCCAUCAUGUUUUAAAGAUUGUGCAUGGGAGUAGCCUCUUGGAGGCAUCUUUGACAGCUCUCUUUUCACACAGCAAUAAGGGCCUCUUUCAAACCGUGGACAGCUCUGCUUGGCUGACUUUCCUAAAAACCGUCCAGGAUUUCAUCCAGUCCCUGAUCCUAUUGAUAAUCCACAGAAAGAGCAGUGUCCGCCUUAACCUGGAGAAAUUCACCAACUAUUUGGUCAAUAGCGAAGUUGCCGUUAUGGCUUUGUCUUCUCUCCCAGGAAACAUUGAAACAGGGGGCCUGUUCGCCGUACAGCUCCUGCUUGCGUCUAUGAACACACUGUGCCAGGCCAUGACAUCCAGCCUCAGGACAACCAAGCAGCUAGAUGAGACCCUGAGUCAAUUACUGGGGAAGACCACUGCUGUCAUGGGCCCUGCCAUCCAGGCCAGCCUGAGGGCUCAGACAGGCAGUCUACUAGGCCAGGCCUUCUCUGUGGAUUUGGUGACCGGGAUGGUGAGGAGCGAGCUGGCCUGUGCUUGCCACCAAGAUGAGCCUAGCGAGGGCAUCACACAGGAGAGUCUAAGCCACAUGGGCAUGUACAGGAACUUCAGCCAGCAGAUUCUCAGAGAGCUGUGCCCAUCCCAGCGCCCCAUGGACUUCCUGGUCUCAUCGCUCCACUUCCUCUCAGCGUACUAUGCUGCUGCAGAGAUGACCAAAGCCCUUGGCCAGGAGGAGCUCUUUGUGGCAAUUCUGCAGAAUGUCCACAAACUGCUUGCAGCCCCAUGGCUGUUAGUAUCAGAGGUGAGGUCCCUGGAGGAGCCAGUAAAGGAGCUUCUGGACCAGCUGCUGGUCAGGAGUACCCCAGAACAGUUCCACCUUCUCCUGCUGCUGCUCCGAGACGGACUGGAUACCUCCAAGUUCAGGAGCGGCUGUCAUAGGGAAGUCCUUUCAACUGUGACGAUAACGAAGCUGCUUGCCAGCGGCCUGCUUCCAGAAACCUGCUUAAAGGCGUUCUGGCUCAUUGCACCUCAGAUCAUAUCUGCCUUAGUAUUUCUAGUGAAGGAGGCUGGCAAGGAGCCAACCCUGACUGCUGCUCUGACCGUGCCAGUGUUGUACACUCUGACAGCCAUGCUCCGUCAGGGGGAGUGGAUGCUCUCCAACCCCCACCACGUGACCAUGGUGCUGGGGGCCCUGCAGUUUGUCCCCCUUGAGCACCUGACGAUGGAAGUCUACCACGCUACCUUCGAGGCCAUUCACGAGGCUCUGUUUGCAGUCAUCCAUUGUCACCCGCAGGUGAUGCUGAAAGCGGCACCGUCCUUCCUCAACUGUUUCUACCGCCUGGUGGUCUCCAUCAUGCAUGAGGGGAGACAGAAGGGCGAGGCCGAGAGAGCCCCUGAGAUCGAUGCGGAGGUGCUUUUGAAGUGUGCUCGUCUGGUGGAACGCAUGUACUCCCACAUCGCCACCACAGCCGAGGGCUUCACUAUCCUCUCCUCCUUCAUGGUAGCACAGUACGUCAGCGAGCUACAGAAGGUUACUCUGCAACCAGACAUCAAGAACCACCUGACAGAGGGAGUUUACAGGAUCCUGGACCUCUGUGUUGAGCAGGACGUUAAGUUUUUGAACACCACCCUCCAGAUGGGUGUCAGAGAGGUGUUCAACGAUCUCUAUGGCAGUUAUACUCAUUACCAUAAAACCCAGCGGCAGGGAGAGGAGAAAUACACAGCCUGACAUUUCUCUCUUUCCAGAAAUACUUUUUCUUUAUAGCAGCCAAGUUUUUUUUUCUUAAACAACUGUUUAAACAUGUAAAUUGUAUUUUUAUGUUUGUGUGUUGGUUUAGUAGUGGGACAAAAAAGGUAAUUGACAACAAAUGAUGUUUCAAGUGUGUUUUAUUUUAAUACAUUGUUUGGUCUUUCUUGUAUUGAUGGCUAAUGUACUGUAACUUUAGACUAUCCAAUUUUCAAGAUUUGAUUUACAGUGCCUUCAGAGAGUAUUCUUACACCUUGACUUAUUAAAAAUUGUUACAGCCUGAAUUCAAAAUGGAUUAAAAUGUUUGUUUUUUCCGCUCACCAAUCUACACACAAUAAAUACCCCAUGAUGACAAAGUGAAAACAUGUUUUUCAAAAAUAAAUAAAGUAUUCCCACCCCUGAGUCAAUACAUAUUGGAAUCACCUUUGGCAGCGAUUACAAUUGCGAGUCUUUCUGGGAAAGUCUCUGAAGAGCUUUGCACGCCUUUAUUGUACAAUAUUUGCACAUUUAUUUUUAACAACAAUUCUUCAAGCUCUGAUGUUGGUGGUUGUUCAUUGCUAGGCAGCCAUUUCCAAGUCCAGCCAUAGAUUUUCAAGUAGAUUUAAGUCAAAUCUGUAACUAGGCCACUCAAGAACAUUAAAUGUUGUCUUGGUAACCAAGUCCACUGUAUAUUUGGCCUUGUGUUUUAGUUUAUUGUCCUGCUGAAAGGUGAAUUUGUCUCUGUCUGUUAGAAAGCAGACUGAACUAGGUUUUCCUCUAGGAUUUGGCCUGCGCUUAGCUCUAUUCAGUUUCUUUUUAUCCAAAACCGUUCAGAUGCUCCAGACUAUUGUGUGAGAAGACCAAUUUUCAUGGUCUGAAAAACACUGCUCUAGCUCUGUCACCUUUCACAGCAGAUGCAGAAGUGUGACAUAGGCGGAUGCGGUGGAUUGAAACGCAUCCAACACUAAUUACAAUUCCACUUGGGUGCAGACGUCAACUUAAAAAAAGAAAAGAAAUGAAGCACAUUUUUACUCCUGAACUUGUUUAAGCAUGAUAUAAAAGGGAUGUAAUAAUUUUAUACUUUUUUUUUGUUUUCAUUUGGAGACAUUUCUAAAAAAAGGAAUUCCACUUUGACAUUAUGGGGUAUUGUAUGGGUAGACCAGUGACACAAUCUCAAUUUUAAUCAACUUUCAAUUUGGGUUGUAACAACAAAAUAUGGAAAAAGUCCAGGGGUGUGAAUACUCUGUUUCAGAUGUGACGAAAAAGGAUAAAAGUAAAUGAUUACUAUACCAUUACAAAGGCAAAUUUGAAAUGGUUUAACCCAACAUAUACAGCGUGUACAAAACAUUAGGGACACCUUCCUAAUAUUGCGUUGCACUCCCUUCUGCCCUCAGAACAGCAUCAAUUUGUUGGUGUCGAAAGCGUUCCACAGGGAUGCUGGCCCAUGUUGACACCGAUGCUUCCCACAGCUGUCAGGUUGUCGAUGUUCUUUGGGUGGUGGACCAUUCGUGACACACACAGGAAACUGUUGAGCGUGAAAAAUCUUAACCCUAAUUGCUCCUAUAAGUCGCUCUGGAUAAGUGCCUUGCUCAAGGGCACAACGACAGACUUUCACCUUGUCGGCUCAUGGCUUCGAACCAGUGACCUUUCGGUUACUGGCCCAAUGCUCUUAAACACUAGCCUACCUACCACCCAUACACAUACACAGUUUCAAUUGUCUCAGGGCUUAAAAUCCUUCCUUAACCUGUCUCUUCCCUUUAAUCUACACUGCUUUUGAAGUGGAUUUAACAAGUGACAUAAGGGAUCAUAGACUGACCAAGUGAAAGCUAUGUCAUGGAAAGAGCAGGUGUUCCUAAUGUUUUUUUACAUUCAUUGUAUAGUGGAGGGGAAUGUCAUUGACUUUAUCACAUGCAUUCCUCAUGAAACAUUGUGCCUGAAACUUUCUCUUGUGAUUUGCCAUACAUUUGUUAUUAACUACCAGAUGAGAAAAUCUUAGGAGAAAUGUGUAUUAUAUUUGGGGUUGGCUUUUGAAGACGAAUACGGAACAUCUUAUAAUUUUAUAAAUAAUGAACAGUAUAACAGAUGUGUUUUACAGGCGAAGUCAUUAUGGAACUACAGUUUUUGAACGUUAUCAUUUUCCAUAAGGGCUCCUCAAGCGAGUAUAAAUCCUUCAGUAAAACUCAAUAUAUUCA